AUGGAGGGUACUAUGGAUACCCCAGCAUUGUCUGAGGGACAGACCAAUAACAAACAUUGCAAACUCACUCAGACACCUGCCACUGCUGCUACCAGGGUGGGAGCCAUGGAGUAUUGGUCUCAGAGUAUGCCAGAACAUGGCAACCAAAUGGUAGUUCAAAUGGUAAGCACAGCUUUGACUGGAAAAAUUAGAGAGGUCAAGGAGCCCAAAGGUCCAAAACAAUGGCUACACACAGUCAUCCCCAAGGGUGACAAUGUGGUGGCUGAUAUCAAGACCACAGAAAUUGCAGAGGCAGAUGCCUGCAUUUCUCAGAUUGAACAUGCAGUGGCUGACAUGUCAUUAGGCUAUGCACUAAUGACUGUGAUCCAUGACAAACCUGAUUCACAAUGUGACCUGGGCUCUGGACCUCUUCUAAAGUUACAAGAAUACAACCCUCAGGAUGUGGAUGCCAAUCAUCUCAAAAAAUUACAUGAAAAUAUCAAAAUGCAUUGCCUACAGAACCAAGCCAUUUGGAAUGCCAUGGUGGUGGCAGUCCCACCUAGACAUGGCAACAACCCCAUAGUCACCUUGCCAGAUGAUGAUAAUGACAGGCUAUACCAAGUGUUGAACAUCAUUGCAACAUUGGAGUCUGCCAAGGACAAAGAAAAUUACAUCAAUGAAAUUUGUCAUCAUACAGGGGGUUCAAGCAAGAGUCAUCCAGCACACAUCCUUUCAGAUGAAGGAAUCUAUUCAGCUGUCACCCCCCUGUUCAUGGGAGGAAAAUUGGCAGGGCUGACACAGGAACAGGGUUCACUGCUUGUCAGCUGGACAGUUGGUGCCCAGCCACAGGUGGUGCUGGAGAAGGCUCCUAAGGGUGAAGGGCAGGGGGAGAUGACUGAAGAAGCCAAGAGCCAUGCUCUAGCCAAGGAAUUGAGGGCAUAUGCAAGGAAGGUCUGCGUAGACAUGGCAGUCAAGGUGGGCUGGAUCAAGGCAGGGCUGUUGAAUGUCCAGCAUGUCUUUUCAGAUACUGUCAGCACACCACCAAUUGAGCUCACUGAAGUGAUCAAGGAGUCCAGGCUGGCUAGAGUCAUGAGGGUCUGGGGCCAGGAAUCAACCUUGCAUAUGGAAGGUGGGCAUCACCCAGGGAGUCAACUGGGGGAGUGGUCUGACUGCAUUGCCAAGUGGCUGCACAGCCACUGGCAUCAGCUCCUUAUAUGGAAGGCAGGUAUUGCCCAGCUUGUUGAUGAUUUGGGCAGUCUGACUGUGUUGCCUGGGACCCCCACCACACAGCCACUGGCAUCAACCCCAUGUAUGGAAGGAAUCAACCUCACAGCCACUGACAUCAACCCCUUAUAUGGAAGGUGGGCAUCACCCAGUGGAAUUAACCAUGCCCAAGUCAAUGUUGAUGGGUGUCAUCUGAGUGCUGUGGGCCAGGCAUCAACAGUACAGCCACUGGAGUCAACCCCAUAUGUGGUGGUCAGGAAUCACCCAGUGGAAUUAGAGGGCAACAUGACAGAGGGCAAUGAGUCAAGCAAGGGAAAGCACCUGCCUGAUCAUGUCUCCCAAGAGGACACUGACAACAUCAUACAAGCAGAGAAGCCCAGCAGGAAGCCCACAACCCAGACAGCCAAGGACAAAGGACCUGUGGCAGACAAGGGUCCCAAGAAGACAGCAUGUGGGGUUGAUGUCCAUGGUAUGAAGAGACAAGCUGUGAAGCAGAUCCAAAAAGAUUGGCAAGCAUACACAAAUGGGAAGAACCUGGAGCUCAAAACCUUUGUCAAUGUCACUUAUUUAGAUCCAUGGGCAAAGGCAUUUGUGGAGCAUGCCUGCAACACAAACACAUUUGAUUACUUUGGAUCAACAGAAGCUGCUGACAAACAGAAGUAUGACAGUGGCAUGCCCCCCUACUGGCAUGAGGUAGAAAAGACCUGCAAUGAGAUGUGGAAAUCAGCAAAAAUCAAUUGGCUCAGGAGCAGAUAUUUCAUGAAGGACUACUGCACAUGGCACAUUGCACUUCCCAUGGCCAACAAGUACCUGGCACUGGCAUUUCUAUGGCUGUUCCUUGGGGAGAAGCCAGACAAGAGUGGCAGGAGUGGGAUGGCAAUGGCCAUUGCAGAGGUAGGUGUCCAAGUGACAUCAUGGCAGAUUGGUUCUGACUUAUCCUGGGCAGUGACAUGGGUGGAACCAUUGGCAAGAUACAUGAUUGAACAGUGGGACACCCAGGCAAAGGAAAACAGUCCACUGAAAGCAUGGACCAACUACACCUUGGCCCUGUCCAAUUAUAUGGAAGGUGUCAAAGAUGGGGAGGAUAAGGUGAAUGUAACAACCCCAUUGCAGUGGUCAGCUGCACAACUCAUCAACAAGUUGUGCAAUGGAGAACACCUGCUAAUAUGGGCACACAUGAGUGAACACUACAAUAUGACCACUCCUAUCUGCACUGUGUUCAAACCCCUUGAUCUUGGAAUAACAAUUGAAUUUAAAUAUAAUACACUAUGCAGAUUUGUAUUUAUCAAAGAUGGUGAAGAGUUUGCAUACCAGUCCACAAUCCCACCAUAA